GUUAUUGUUGAUGAAAAUUAUAAUGGCUGACUAAAGUUUGGUAUAAUUUAUAAAUUGGUAAAUUGCCGUAAAAAGUCGUUUUGUUUUGCAUUAAUUUGUUUAGAAAAUUGUGUUAAACUAAUAUUGGUAGAUAGUCUAUAUCUAUUGGAAAACGUCGAACUCGUGAUGUGUAAACCAUAGUGUUUGUGUAUGAAAUACAACUGAAUUUGUGUGGAGCCAUAUUUAGGAAAAAUGUCCAGAAAACAACACGUUUAAAUGAAGGACUCCGCGUAUUAAGAUAUGGGAUGGCCAAACGGCUUAAUACAAUCCGUAUUGUAAACCAACAAUGGAUCCAGUUGGUCCAUGGUCAGCAUACGCCUCGUACAAUCGAUUGACGGGAGUGCAAGCUGCCGGCGGGGCCGAAUUACACCAUCUCACCCCCGGUACGCCCGCCGGUGCACCCCCGACAACCACAGCAACUUCGUUGAUAUCGGGCGGAUUCUUAUCGCCCCCUCCUGUGGGUUAUGAAACUGUUUUUAGUCCCCUAUUUCAUCAUGCCGGCACAAAACCGACCGCACACUACGUUACUCAAGUUACGCAACACAGACAAGCUUUGGCCCAAGCACAAGCGGCGUCGAAACAUGCGACCGAAGGGGAAUAUCACCAAGGACAAGCGUUUUUUGAACCCGGAACACCUGCCUGGCAGCAAAACAGUCCAUUUGGUAUUUUACCUCACGAAAGUGUAGUACCAAGUACAACUGCAGCUGCCCAAAGUCUGAAUCACUUAAAUACCCAACUGACGGCAGCUAAAAAUGUAACGACGAGAGCGCAAAGUCCGCAAAUAACAAAUGCAUCUGUUAAGGUCACAUCACAAACGAAUGCUGCAAAUUUCUUCCAAGUUCCUGUUACUUUCGCCAGUGCAGAGGCCGCAAACAAAUUUGCGACUACAAAUGCUUCCAAUUUGCAGCAGUCGUGCAUUGUUUCUUCUUCAUCUAUAUCUUCAACCUCAAAAGAUUACCGAGUACCUCCGGCAACGAACCGUACAGCCUUUCUACCUUCACCCACACCUUCUAGACCGGGGGAUAAGUCGUUUGUGCCGCCUACUAAACAAACUCAAAUACAAACUAAAGCGCAAACCAAGAUUUAUCCCGAGCUGAGUAACCACGCAGACCGGCAACGAAAUGCUCCGUCUGACGAAACUCAGAACCAACCUUCUCCUGUCAGUUUUUCGAUUAUGGACGCUUCCAGUCGUUUGAGUUACGCCAGCAACAUCUCGUCUGUGAAAAGACCCCAAUUUCAGCAUUCCACUAAUUAUCGCCACUACCAACCCGGUAACAACACGGAGCCGGAUUUUCAACGAUCAAAAGCGGGUACCGACUACAGUAAUUCAAAUGGACCAGAUUGCAAUGUGGUGGUACCUAGAAGACCUAGUCCGUUACAGGCCCAUUCGCAAGCUUCCCCGUUGGGUCACGCGCCUAGUCCUGCAUAUCCUAUGUAUAACAGUCCAAUGAAUUCAAUGUCUUCUCCGCAGCAAAGUUCAAAUCAUGUAACGCCUCCUUCCCCAUUAGAUGUAACAGUUUCGCGGCCUAAUUCUCAGAGUGGUAAUGUGGCCUAUCCGUCAGUAAUCACACGUGCUCUUAAUACAGAAAAAAAUUUCCCAGAUCGCUACGAUCGAUCAGGGCCUAAUGCGCAAACGCAAAGCUGUUGGGAGGACAGGCAGGUUCAGCAAAGAAAGUUUCAACCUUUAAAUAGCUACAACGUGACUCCGACUAUUGAAUCAGCUCGCCAAAUGGAUCUGUCGCGGGGGGAUCAAACUCAGCAAAGAGCCUCGCUAACAAUUUCAGAUAGGCAGCCAUACUUCGAUUCAACGCACCAGGUUCCGUUACAAGAUCUGUCAAGCUGUAGAGGUGAUCCUAUGAGUUUAGUCAAAAACCUGCAACAUCAGCAAAGCUGUCAGAUACAGCAACAAAUUUCUGACAUCAAGCAAGAGACAAAGGCCCCAAAUAAACGGAGAAAAAGUAGCGAUAAAAUGGCACCUUCUACAAAUAAUACCUCCCCUGCUGCCAUGACGGAAUACUUUGCAGGGCGGAUUCCCCCUCCAGCUCAUAGUUCGGCCAACCCUCAACAACAAAAUGGCACCUACUUUGAUUUUGAUCGCUGGAAUCUACCUCCAUCUACAACCAAAAUGUUUGCAUCACAAGCAAUGCAUCAACAGCAUCAGGGUUUAAUGGUUCCUCAUCCGCACCCUCACCAUCCACCACCACCUUUGCCUUAUUUCGCACCAUUCCAUUUAGCGCCACAUCCUGGUGAAUAUCCCACAUCAGUAGAUACCACCAUGAUGGCCACUUAUAACGAGCAACCUCCUCAACAUGCAUCCUCGCAAUUUUUGCAACAGGAAGAACCUAAAGUGGUUGUACCGAAUAUUGAGGAGGAGUUAAACUUUCUCUCGGAAGGUACCGGCGGCGUCGUUUCCUCAGGUCAAACUCAACCGACAGCACGCCCGCCGACCGUUAAAUCUGAUAAACCCACCGGACCUGGAGCCGGUUUUAUGAACAGCUACCUAAAAUUCUUACAGGGCGAACGAGAUAGCUCGCCUCCGCCAAUGGUCAAAGGUGCUCGCAAGCAAUCGUGGUCGCGCGCCAAACCCGCCCAGCCAGAAGAAAGAAAAGAUGAAGUUAACGGAAUAGUGAGUCAACCACCUCCCCCACCACCUACAACGACGCGUCUCUCACAGGGCGACCCUCAAGACGAUCCCAGAUAUUUUCCGCUUCCGAAGGAGCGCAAAAGAAACUGCUUCGACAGUUCCGAUGACGGUUUUAGCUCUGACGAGGACUUGUUCAACAAAAAGGUGGCACUUAUUGUCAAAAACGAAUUGACUAAAGAAAAACCUAUGCGGAAAGGACGACCGUCGAAACCAAGGCGGUCGACCGAUCGCAAACGGGCGAGGCAGAAACUGAGAGACGAGGAUCACGAAAUAAAAGCCGAUAUCGGACCGGUCGACAAUUUGCCAAGGCGAGAAUCGACAAAGAGGGCGGCGAAAGAAAAAAGCAACUUUCAGCAGUUAAUGGCGAAGCAAGGUGACGAAGAUCUGGAAGAACCGGCAGAAUUUAUGGAUUCCGAUUCUGAUCCGGCUUGGACGCCACAAGCACGCGACGAUAUGGAGGAAGAGCUGAUGCAUAAACGACCACGAAAAUCAAAACAAGCUUCCAGAAAGCGGGCCUCACGAAAUCUCAUUAGCGCGGCAGCGCAGGGGGCCGGAAUUCAGGUGGCGGAUAGUUACAACGAAAUGAUCGGCCAAAUGAAACAGCAAAAGCCGGCAGGUGCUAACCAACCACUUCUACCGCCGCAGAAACAAAGUGUGGCUCCCACGCUUGAAGAUAACAUUGCUGCGGCUGUGGCGCAACAGAAUAGCGUUAGCAGUAAUGUCGGCGAUGACAAUCCUUUUAAGCCGGGCGAAUUUUUGGUAAUAAAAAAUGAACUUAACGAAGAGUGGCCCGCCAUUUGGAGAGUAGACGGCAAAACACUUUUACAAAAAUACGAACCGUUUGAACAGGGUGGUCAAACAUUGUAUAGGAAUAUAUCUACAUAUACGUCGUGGACAGCCGAUAGUAAGAAGCAAUACAUACCGAUUCCUGUAAAAUAUAGAUCACAAGGGCAACUAGAAACUAUCGUCGAAUUUUUACGAAACGAAUUAGUAGUAAUUGAUCAAGAAUUUCUAGAAAAAGCGAUGACCGAAAGCGAAGUCUACCAGGAUAAUUUCGAGGUAUACAUUCAAACGUUAAUUUCGCAAGCGCUCGAUAGCAAUUUCUUAAUGGAAAUUUUCCAAGAGCAAGAUGAAUAUUUUCUUACAAAUGUACAGACCAUAGAUGAUAUCACCAAUAACAAAAAGCAGAAGAUGAUAACAUUACUGAAAUGGCCUAAUCCCGUCCAAGUAGCUGUCAGUACAUGGCCUUGCUUUAAUGUUAUAAGGGAGCUAAAUGCGCUAGACUCGCAACUGAGGCCUUGUGGGGCAUGCUUAAAGCCUGGCGUUUCCGUUCGGGUUCUAAUGUAUGGGCAACCUUAUAAUGCUACAACCUUAGAAGGAUGUCAACCUACUUCUCAAAUACUUGAAAAGGAUUUUCUUAUGUGUCGAAUAUGUGCCAGUCGUGUAGAAUUAUUUAAUAAAAUAACGCAUCAAAAGUAUUUGAUGUACGUCGAAUGUGCCAAGAGAGUCGCCGAAAAAAGAGCAACUGAUCCUCACAAGGAUACCACUUGCAUUCUUAACGAACUUCUCGCUGACGAAUUUUGGCUUACACAACUAUUUUGUGAUGUUCGCAAAUCAUGGGCGGAGGUGGACUGUUUGGAAAAUAGCUAUAGGUUAAAAAAUGAUGUACAGUGAAAUCGGUAACAAGUUAUGUUGUGUUGUGAUUCAGAACAUUUACAUGAAAAUUAGUCUUGUAUAUUAUGGUAUCAAGAGUUUAUAUAAAUCGUAUUAUAAUGUAAUUUUAGAAAAGAAAAGAAUACAUAUAGUACAUCUUUUUUAUUAAA